AUGGAGACGCUUCUUUCACAUAAUGAGCUUCAAUACUCGCCUACGUUCAUGUUGACACUGGAGUCCAAUCUCGAACUACUAGAGGCCUUGGCCAAGACAUGGCCCAUUGCAACGCUAUUCUUGGAGUUCUUCCAAACAAUGACAGCCCCAGACCAAUUCAACAAACUACUGUCGGUCGCUGUGGAGGAAUGUCACAAACGUGCAAUUGGAGACAAACAAGAUGACCCCGAAGCACCUCGGAGACCAACAUCCUUCAAACGGCCAAAGCUACAGCAGGUGGUUCUUCCGCAGAGCAGGGUUGUAUUUCAGAUCCUGGCGCGAGAAACUCAGAGGCGACAGGCUGCCUUGCUUCGGUCUCAUGGGUCGGGUACUGCAUUCCGUGAGGUCGAAACCACGUCAUUCGGAUCUGGCUCCGGCGCUACUCCCGGUAGCGCUGAUGAUAUCUCCCCAGGCGAUCUUGGGGAUGCACUAGAAAGCUGCGAACCUACUGCGGUGCUGCGAAAUCUUCGGGAGAUUAUCCGAAUUGGGAAUUCACAGGGGGCAGACAAUGCUACCUGA